AUUAUUUUCGUUUGAAUUCGUUAUUUUCUCUACUUCUUCUAUUUUUGCGUGAAUUUGCGAGGUUAACAUAUAAAAGGUUUAUUUACUAUUUACAUGAAUGACACAAUAUAUAUAAACGUCAUAUUAUAGUAGUCUAAUCUUUUGUGAAGUACCUAACACGCGGUGGCUUCUUUACCACUAAUUUACAAAAACCUCAAAAAUAAAAACAUUCACCAUUGCUCAUAAAAUGGAUGAUUUUAUAAAAAUAGAAAAGAUCGGUGAAGGAACUUAUGGCGUUGUGUAUAAAGGAAAAAACAAAACCACCGGCCAGUUUGUUGCUAUGAAGAAAAUAAGAUUGGAAGCUGAUGAUGAAGGAAUACCAUCUACUGCAAUAAGAGAAAUAUCAUUACUAAAGGAGUUAAAUCAUCCAAAUAUAGUCAAAUUAGAAGAUGUCUUGAUGGAAGAAAGCAAACUGUAUUUGAUAUUUGAGUUUCUUUCAAUGGAUUUAAAGAAGUAUAUGGAUUCUCUAGGCUCAGGGAAAUUCAUGAAUCCGAUGACAGUGAAAAGCUAUCUAUAUCAAAUCAACAAUGCCAUCCUUUACUGUCACAAGCGUCGGAUUCUACACAGAGAUCUCAAACCACAGAACCUGCUUAUCGACAAGACUGGUAUUAUUAAGGUAGCUGAUUUUGGACUAGGUCGUGCUUUCGGUGUGCCCGUACGAGUAUACACUCAUGAAGUUGUUACAUUGUGGUACAGAGCACCUGAAGUUCUGCUCGGCUGUCAAAGAUAUUCGUGCCCAAUAGACAUAUGGUCUAUUGGUUGUAUCUUUUCUGAGAUGUCAUCAAAGAAGCCGCUGUUUCAAGGAGAUUCUGAGAUCGACCAACUGUUUCGGAUUUUCAGAAUGUUGCGUACUCCAACAGAAGAAUUAUGGCCCGGUGUUUCCGCAUUACCCGACUACAAGCCAACAUUUCCCAACUGGACCACACUUAACCUUCACAAUCAUGUGCAAAACUUAGAUGAAGUCGGUAUGAAUUUGCUGCAGAAAAUGUUAAUUUACAAUCCAGCGGAAAGGAUUACAGCCAGACAAGUUCAGAAGCACCAGUACUUUAGAAAUGUUAAAUUGCCCGCAGGUCUGUCCACAUUGAAGGGGUAUGCAAACGAUGUUGAAAUUAUCUUUAAAAAUGGUGAAUAAGCUCGAUUUUGUAUAAUUUACUUGUGAGAAUUGCGACAUGAUUAAACCAUACAUAAAUUUUUGUAUACUUUGAUACUGGAAGUGAAGGUGUUGAACAAUUUCAGUUUGCGAAUUUUCUGUUUUAUUUUCUUAUUGAUAGUGAUGGUGCCUGGCAACAAAUUGUAUUUGAAUUUAUUAAUUAAUUAUGUAUGUUCGGUUUUGAUCCACCUCUGAUUUGUGGAUUAGAUAUUUGUGGACUUUCAUUGAUUAACCCUUUCGGAUAGAAUUCAAAGGGUUUGUGAUGGCUUGUAAUUCUUUUGGAAAACUAAUUGGUUAUAGAUGUUCUGUUUUUCUUUCACAACAUCCUUUAUUAUAGUGUAUUGUCAUACCUGUGAAACAUUUGGGUUUGUAUUUAACUAUAGCCUUUGUAAUGUAAAACGGUUUUAGAGAUUACGAGACUAAAAUACUUUUAACUGUCAAAGUGCCUAAAAUAUAUAAAUUAUCAGACGAAUUUCAUUACUGAAAAUAUAGCAUAACAUUUGUAGCUUUCUUAUGAUAACAGUCGUAUAUUAAUGUGUCUUAUAGUUAAAUAAUUUAAAGUUGCAUAUAUCUAGUAUUAACAUAUAUAUGAUAGGUAGUUAAUAGUACUAUAUAGGCAAGUUGAUGUAGUGUUCAAUUUAAAUGCCUUCACAGUGCUGUCUCACAAACAUUCUUCUUAAAACCAUAGAAAAAUUUAAUUUUAAGGGACUUUCUAGAUUGGUACCACGAAGAACUCUUAUUCAGUAAGUUUAUCGUUAGCGGUAACCAUUAACCAAGUGAGGUAACCAGAAAGUCUGUGAAGCAUAAAUUUUUUAGUUGAUGAAAUAUAUAUAAUUCAUAAUUUGACAAUUUUUAACAAAUUUAGGUAUUUUGUCUUCUGACUUUCCGGUUAUAAUAAAAAAAUAUACAUACUGAUCAUGCUAGAAAUAACUAUUGCAUACUACAGAACAUUGUGAAGUGUGUUUACAGUCAGUUAAGUCAUUGCAUAAAGCAUAGACCAAGUAUAGUAACUAAAGUAACCGUCAUGAGAAGCUAUAAAUUUUGUAAACAAGUGUUCAGGAGUUCACAACAUUUGGAACAACAAAAAAAAUGAAUUUGUUUAAGAUUUAAUAAAUUAUUAAGUAACAUAUAUUAUUUAAGAAUAAUUAUUCGUCAGAUUCAGAUGUUUCCAUUUCUGUGUCAGAAUCAGUGACAUGUAUCACGAAGCUGUCUACAGUUUUAUCAAUCAUCUCAUCGAUUUUGGAAUAAAAAUUAUCUUCUUCCUUGAUAACAUGCUCCACACAACGCUUCCAAUUUUCCGAAGUAAUCUGCUGCAGUCCCUCUUGUAAUAAUUGUUUUACCUCGUCAAAUUUAAAAUUUGUAUUUUUGCGAGCAACAUAUCCUUUUACGUUGGCCCAAAUUAGCUCAAUUGGAUUAAGCUCACAAUGAUAUGGCGGGAGUCUCAAUACUUCCACCUUAUAUUUUUUUGCGAGCUCGUCCACUACAUAUGUUUUAAAAUUGUCUUUAACAUUUUUUACUUUUAGCAGUAAUUCAGUCUUAAUUUCAUUGUCGUCGUAAGAAAUAUUCUUACUUACAAGCCCAUUUUGUAUAUAAUUUUUUUUCCAGGCAGUAGUAGGAAUUCUUUCAAGACGCCUUGAGUGGUAUGGUGCAUUGUCCAUUACCACUACUGCAUUUUCUCCAAGUUUUUGGAGAACGUUUUCAAACCAUUGUUCAAAAUGUGUUGCAUCCAUUGAUUCAUGGUAAUCUCCCGUCUUCUUGCAUUCAAAUAUAUUUUCACCGCCCUCUACAAAACCGUUCUCAUUGCCGAUAUGGGUAAUUAUUAAUCGUUUAACUUUUGACGUUGGGUUACGUGCACCAAUGCUAAGUCCUUCUAGGAAAGCCCGCUUCUUACUUUUAACUUGUUUGUCUACCCAAGUUUUAUUUACGGUAUGUCCUGUAAAAACAAUUAAACAUUUGUUAAUUAGCGUCUUGCGCAGUAAAAGAGUUGAAGUAUAUUAUUAUUAAUACACACUUGUGAUAGCCCUUAAGAACUAAUGUCUCAAGGUCGGCGGCGCGUGGGUUAUAUUUUGCAAAUAGAUUUGCAGUAUCAUACACAUCACUUCACGGUAAAGGCGACGGUAUUUGCUUACAAUCAGGCGAACCGUGUGGUAGUCUGCCGUUUCACUGCAAUAAAAAAAAACACACUAACCUGCAUUCACCCAUGUCUCAUCCAUGUAAAAUAUCUGGCGAUUUUGUUGUCUAUAGUCUUUAAUAGAUUUCAAAUAUUUUCGCCGCCAUAUUGUUAUGUCAUCUCUAUCAAUAAGUGCGUUAUUUCGCUGUCGUUUUAUAUAUUUAAAGUUUAAAUGCUUUAUUAGCCGCCUGAGAGUUGUUUCGCUAAAAUUUGGCAAAUCUUCAUCGUCAUUGACUGCCUGAAGAAUCUUGAGAAUUGUUGGUAAUUGGCCAUUUAAAAAGAAACUGUAAUUUUUUUUCCUAUUUACGGAUUUAUCAAAAUCGUCUACUUUCUGAUAAAAUUUAGGCCUGUCUUUAGACUUGAUAGGUGAUUUUAUUCCCUCUUCUGAUUUAUAUUCUUUUAAUAUAUUAUACACAGUUGCUAUGCCAAUUCCGAAAAUCGAUGCUGUUUUUUUAUUUAUUUCGGUUUUGUAGGGAUAUUCAUUCGAUGGCCAAUUUUUUUUCACGUACUUAUAUACGUUGAUCACCAUAUUUUUCUCAUUAGCCGUAAAGCUCGUCACCUGUAGUCACUUGUCACACGAAGCUCAAGCUAUAUCUCCAGGUAUACCAAUUAACCUAACCAAUUACUUCACAAUUUAAAACCUACUUCUAAUAUUAACCUUAAGUUUCCAAAGAUUAGCGCGUUUGAACAAACAACUCUUUCUUUUUACUUAUUAUAUAUUUUAGAUAAAUUGUAUUACGCACCUUUUGACGUUUUUUUCGUGGCGAAUUUAUUUCCUUAGAUGUACUGGCUACUGGCUCCAUUAUACGUAAUAACAAAUAAAAUUAACGCAACAAUUAAAGUAACAACAAUAAAAAAGUGAUAACGAAGCAAUAACAAAAUUAACAAUAACAACCAGAUCCGCGAUAUAUGCAAAGCAAUGAAACAAACUCGUACGCAUUCGAAACUCGAAUGACGCGUUUAUUUCAAAAUGGCGUCCCGAUAGUUUACAAUCCCUGCGAUGGACGCGUUCCGGUACCAAGAAACACAAACGAUAGUGCUUUGCGUCGUUAAAAUAUGAUCCGACUAAAUUAAAUAGGUUGUUACUUUCAUAUAACCCGUCUAUAUUUCAUGUCGAUUGAAUAUGGUCAAUUUAUUAUUAUCUCGUAGUAUAAAAUGUUUACUUAGUAAAAGAUGU